UUUCUUUAAGGCGAUCAUGUCAAUGUGCGCAUGUUUUAGUACCCGGGGUACCAGGGUAGACUAAGUGCUUUAAAAAAAGCAACGCUCCCGCCCUAACGGUGCGCUCCGUGGAGCAAAGCGAGCGUACACCGGCGCGGCCAAACUGAGCUGUCAGCUGUAAAAGCAGCUAGUCCUUCUCUCUGCCGAGUACCGAGCAGCUCAACAGAGACAGAGACACCCGGAAGGCACGAAAGUCAAUUUGAGAGGGGGGAAGCAUGAAUCGUUUUAAGACCUCCAAAUUCAAAAACACCACGCCGAAAAUUGCCAAGAAAGAUGACUGGAUCAACAAUGUUCGAGCUGGUUCCUUCUCCUGCCAGGGAAACCACAUCAAAGCCAGCUCCAAGCUGGUGGCCUUCAACGCUGAGCAGGCUGGUGGAGGUAUGCUUGGCCUGUCCUCAGUCAAACCUGGUUCAGAUGGACAAUGGACAGUCACCCAGUUUUCCUGCCAUUCUGAUCUGGUGACUGAUAUGGACUUUUCUCCUUUUGAUGAAAGUCUCUUGGCGACAUGCUCUGCAGAUGAAACGGUGAAGCUGUGGCAUUUGUGUGAUCCAGAGCUGCAGCAGUCCGGCAGCCCGGAGCUAACCCUCCGUCCAGGUCAGGGAAGGCUGGAGUUGGUGCUUUUCCACCCCACCUCCUCUGCUUUGCUUGCUGUUGGCUCCAACAAGUCCCCCCUAAUUUGGGACACCAACCGCCAGGAUGCACCACUAGCAGUUCUGGAGCAGCACAGCGACCAGCUGCAGAGUCUGAGCUGGAAACGGGACGGUUCUCUUUUGGCUACCUCCUGCAAGGACAAGAUGCUACGAGUGUUUGACCCCAGAGCCCAGCUGACACCUGUUCAGAGUGCCAAGAGCCUUCAGAGCAACAAGGAUUCAAGGAUCCUGUGGGCCAAAGACGACUUUUUACUCACCACCGGCUUUGAUAUGAUGCGUAGUCGGGAGGUGAGGCUUUGGGACAGCAGGAAGUUGAGCUCUUCGCUCAGCUCGGUGACACUCAGCACUUCCAGUGGGACGCUGAUCCCUCUCUUUGAUGAUGACACUGGUCUGCUCAUACUGGCUGGCAUGGGAGACACUGUGGUUGAUUGCUUUGAAGUGUCCUCUGAGCCUUCACUCUCGCAAGUGAGUCACUGUCUUAUGGACACCUCAACACGAGGAGUUGCCAUGGUGCCCAAAUGGACAUUGGAUGUCACGUCCUGCGAAGUGAUGCGCGUGCUUCAGCUGACUGACAGCUGCAUUGUGCCAAUCAGCUAUCAAGUCCCUCGCAAGCAUACAGGCCAGGAGUUUCAUGAAGACCUUUACCCAGAUACUGUAGGCACAACUCCUGCCAUGUCUGCUGAGGAGUGGUGGCAGGGAGGAAACAAGCAGGUGGAGAAAGUCAGCCUCCACCCAGACAAACAGCCCAAACAAAAGGCUCCAGCAGCGAAACCGAUGCCUGCAAAGAAGGAGCUGGCCAGCGGAGGGAGCAAAGAGGAUCCAGCACGUGGCUGCUCCGCCUCCAGUAGUCCUUUGAGCACUCCCAGCAGCAGUGCUGCCCCGUCCCGCUCUCCCUCCUCUACCUCCGGCCUGUCCUCUGGCUUCCUCCCAAGCCCCAGUCCAAGCCAGAGCGCCAAGGCCAUCCAAAGCAUGCUGGGACCAAUGUCCAAGUUCCGUCACAUCAAGGGUACAGUGAUGCAUCGGGACACACACAUCACUAACAUGCGUGGCCUCAACCUGACUACACCCGGCGAGUGUGACGGCUUCUGUGUCAACCGUCAUCGUGUGGCAGUGCCCCUCGCCAUCUCUGGGGGCCAGAUUGCCGUCUUCGAGCUCUCUCAGCCUGGCAGAGUGCCAGACACAGCUCUGCCCACCAUCCAGAACUCUGUCAAUGUGGUUGACUUCGCUUGGGACCCCUUUGACACACAUCGGCUUGCUGUGGCUGGUGAUGAUGCAAAAAUCCGGGUGUGGCAGGUACCAGAAGGAGGGUUGAAGGAGACACUGACUGAGCCUGAUCUCAUCUUGCAAGGCCACACUGAGAAGAUUUAUUCCAUAAAGUUCCACCCCUUGGCCAGCGGACUGCUGGUGUCUUCAUCCUACGAUCUCACAGUCAGACUGUGGAACCUGGAGAGCGGAGAUGAGGUCAAAAUCCUCACUGGACACGAGGAACAGAUCUUUGGCAUGGCGUGGAGCCCGGAUGGAAAGUUGCUGGCCACAGUGUGCAAAGAUGGGAAAGUUCGCAUCUAUGACCCCCGCAAGUCCACUGCACCGGUGCAGGAGGGUCCAGGUCCUGAGGGCCACAGGGGAGCUCGUGUGGUCUGGGUGUGUGACGGCAAGUACCUGUUGGUGUCAGGAUUUGACAGUCGCAGUGAGAGAGCACUCUACCUGUACUCUGCUGACUCCCUGUCCACUGGAGCCACAGCCAGUACUCUUAUGGGCGUUGCCCCCUCCACACUCAUCCCUUUUUAUGACCCUGACACCAGUGUGAUCAUCCUCACGGGAAAGGGUGAUACCAGAGUGCACAUUUAUGAGAUUGUCCCUGACGCUCCACACUUUAUUGAGUGCAGCAGUUAUCACUCUCAGGAGCCACAUAAGGGCUUGGCCUUUUUGCCCAAAACAGAGUGCAACGUGCGUGAUGUGGAGAUAGCCAGAGGCCUAAUUCUCACCAAGACAAGCAUAGAGCCAGUGGCCUUUUCGGUGCCACGGGUCAAGAAAGAGUUUUUCCAGGACGACCUGUACAUAGACACAGCAGUCUGUUGGGAACCGGCUCUGACUGCCUCCGCCUGGCUGUCUGGCAUCAACGGCAAACACAAGAAGAUCAGCUUGAAGCCUAAAGACAUGACACCAGUGAGCGAGGCCCCCAAAGAGGCUCCAGUUAGGAAAUACCUGCCUUCAUCUGUUUACCUGGAGGAGAAGACUGAUGAACAGAAGAAAGAUGAGCUGCUCAGUGCCAUGGUGGCUAAGUUGGGGAAUAUGGAUGACCCACUGCCGCAGGAGUCCUUCGAGGGGGUUGAUGAGGACGAGUGGGAUGACUAGAGAGGACGUCAUCUUGCCUUUGGUUCAAUCAUGGUGCCAACAGCAGAGAGGAGAGAAGAGAUGAAAUGUCAAGUUGCCAUUUGUGUGUCCGAUGAUGCCACCCGCACAACUUCUGAGCUUAAUCAGCUAACAUCUCAGCCUAGCGCACAUACGCAAAGAAUACUGUAAAAUGUGAAAGUAUAAAUGAUUUCGGAAAACAGAAUCACAAAACCUAUAACGCCUCCUGAUAUCAGUAUGUAUCACAACAUCUGUUAAGGUUUAGAAAAUCAACUGUCAUGUUGUUCAUCAUGUCAGACUGCAUGCAAUUUGAUAAGAAAAUCAUUUUCAGCUGUAAUUCUUUAAUAUUUCAGAAAUUAUUCUGGGAUAAAUCUGAUGAUGAUCAAAGAGUAUGUGACAUAUUUCGAUAAGAAAUCUCACCAAGAUACAACAGUAAAUUUCCUGUGUAUAUAUAGUAUAACUGUACUUACAUACAUCAUAUUUCCAGUCUAAGUCAAUACAAGUUGAAUGAAAUACCUGGCAAUCAUAGCAAUAAUACUUCCGCUUUAUGCUACCUUACCAGUUACAUGGAUGACAAAUAACGGAUUUUAGCACAGUAUCUCUUUUUGUCUGUGGUUUAAAGCAUGAUAAUGAUAUUGGUCUCUUCUUGUGCCCAGUCUGUUAUUAUCUCAAGAUACCAGGUUGUGUACCAUUGCAUACAAAGUUGUUAUCUAUGCGAACAUUUACCUCCACAGUGGACCACUGCUUACUUUUUCUACUGGCCAGUCAUAUGAGCAUGCUCAGUCACUCUGUGUCUUUGAAACAUGUAAUGUAAAAAAAAAAAAAGAAAAAAAGAUAAUGAUCACAAUAAGUAAGUGAACAUAUGGAAACCCUGAGCGGUAAGUAAGGGAAAAAGAUUCUGGUGAUCCAUUUUCUCUCCUCUGUUUAUGACUUAGGGUUAGGACAAGCCAAAAAAAGUUUUACCUGCACAAUAAGAUAACAUUUUAAAAGUUUCUUAAAAGUUUUCUUUGUCAGGAUGAUUUGUUGAUGUGCACCGCUACCCAUGUUAGAAAUAGUAAAAUAAUUCAGUUUUCUUUACAGUGGCAAAUAAAAAAAUAUAAAAAAUAAACAUUAGUAUCUUAAUAAGGUGUGCCAUGUGCUACCACAACAGCUUCAAUGCUCCUUCCCUCAUUUGAUGAUAGUAGUGGAGAGCGUUGUCUAAUGAAAUAUUCUAUAGGGGUUCAACUGGGUUGAAAUACGGUGACUGCUAAAGCAAUAGCAUAUGAUUCACAUCAUUUUCAUACUCAUCAAACUAUUCAGCGACCCCUUGUAACCUGGAUGGCAUCUAUAUUCACGUUUCACCACUCAUCUUGUGUCAACGUGGCUGUAUAUUGUGUGUUAGCAGGUUAUGUAACAUUACUGUCAUUUCACAGAUGAAAAGAAAAAUAUUUUUUCUUUGAUUUUAAGUCAAUUUAGACAAUUUAGAAAAUGGAUCACCAGAUUUAUUUUCUCUUGCCUCUUGGGGCUUCCAUAUAAACAUUAUGUACAUUAUCCAAAAAAACUAUAAAAAAAACUUUGUCUUCCUGUUUGGUCAGGUAAAACACACAAAAAACACACACAGACACACGAUUACUGUAACGUGUUCAAGCCUUUAGCAGCAAAAACCAUACUGAGGAUACAUCAGGGUCACCAGUGUUCAUGUUUGGCCAUGAACUGGAAUUUCUAAUGACAGCGACAUUAAGUUCUUUUUUUUUUUUUUUGUUAGCCAAUGAUAGAAUAAGAUGCCAUUUUAACAUGAUAAUGUUUUACUGUAUGUGUACAAUCUCUAUUAAGUUGAAUGUUUUGCCUUCCAGUUGACAUAUAAUUGUCUUUAUAAGUAGGGGUUAAAGGUCAAUGAAACGCAUGUGCAUUGAAAGCCAAACCAGAGGGGCCUUUAUUUACUCUGAGAUGAUUUCCUGACUUUUGUUUCUUGCUUGCUGGGCAGUUUUUUAAUCAUGAUCUUUGUUGGUUUUCAGACUGUUUGGGGAUUCUCCUCAUUUAAAUGAGCUCAUUUUCUUAUCUAAUGUUUACUAAUAAUAAGUAAUCAUAGUGUUAAUUAGACAAUAAUAGUACAGUAUUAAUAACUUACAAUGCAGCCAUAACAGCCAUCAUGUAAUUUACCAAUCAGGGCUACAGCAAUAUCGUUAACAAUAAUCCAGGCUUGAACCCACCAAGUUUGUUUACAACCUCUGAUGGACUGAAGUAAACCAUCGAUUCAGCCACGCGAGAUCGUGCACAUCAUGUUGUACACAUGAACUGCAGGUGUCGUUGCAGUGUUUGUGUGAUGUGUACUAUAUGUGCUUGUGAUUCUCAAAUGCCACACUUUGUAAUGUUUGGAUUGGAUUAACUUGCCUUCCAUUGUGUUAAAGAAAAAAAGGGGAACUUCGUUUUUAUACAGUGAGUAAAGCAUUGUUGUUGUUGUUUUGUUCUGUUUUACUUGCAUAACGGUUUGUGGAUUUUUUUUUUCAAUACUGUCUUGCAAUAAACACCUUUUGAACCCAUUA